UCUUCACCAAUCUUUCUCUUACUAAAAUGACUAGAUUUUCGCUCUUAAUAAUCCUCCUAACUCUCACAAUCACCCACACUUCCGCGCAAGAUGUCUACGACUCGUUUGCCCAAUGCUUCUCCGACACAAAAAUCCCCCAAUCCGAAAUAACCACCACCCUCUACUCCCCAAACAGCCCCUUAUUCCCCACCCUCCUCCAAUCCUACAUCCGCAACCGCCGCUUCAACCUCUCCUCCACCCCCAAACCCACCACCAUCAUCACCCCCACCUCCGACCUCCAAGUCGCCGCCGCCGUCUCCUGCGCCAAGCGCCUCAACGUCCUCCUCAAAAUCCGCAGCGGCGGCCACGACUACGAGGGCCUCUCCUACGUCUCCGCGACUCCCUUCGUCGUCCUCGACAUGUUCAACUUCCGCUCCGUCGAGGUCGACGCCGCUGCUGACUCCGCUUGGGUCGGCGCCGGCGCCUACCUCGGCGAGCUCUACUACCGGAUCUCGGAGCAGAGCCCCGUCCGCGCCUUCCCCGGCGGCGUCUGUCCGACCGUCGCCGCCGGCGGCCACAUUAGCGGCGCCGGCUACGGUACCCUGCUGCGGAAGCACGGCCUCAGCAUCGACCACAUGGUCGAUGCCAAGAUUGCCGUCGCGGACGGCCGCAUCCUGGACAGAUCCUCAAUGGGCGAGGAUCUGUUUUGGGCCAUCCGCGGUGGGGGCGGGGCCAGCUUCGGCGUAAUCAUUAGUUACAAAAUUAAGCUGGUCCCAGUCCCGGCCACAGUAACCGUUUUCCGCCUCGAAAAGUACGAGGCGGACAACGCGACGGACGUCUUCGGCCAGUAUCAGAAUUUCGCUGAUACAACCGAUGACAAUCUCUUCGUCCGGGCUCUUUUACAGCCCGUGACAAGGAGCAAGAAACGGAGCGUGCGCGCGACGUUUAUCGGGCUAUACCUCGGCCAGGCCGACGAGCUUCUCCCGAUAACGGAUUUGGAUUUCCCGAAACUCGGGCUUAAAAAGUCCGAUUGCCGGGAAAUGACAUGGAUUGAAUCAGUCCUAUUUUGGGGGAAUUUUGACAACAAAACAUCUCCGUCAGUGCUGCUGAACAGAACGCCGGAUUCCGUCAACUUCUUGAAACGGAAAUCGGACUACGUGAAGAAACCGAUUUCAAUUUCCGAUUUGGAAACAAUUUUCAACAAAAUAGUGGAAAUUGGGAAGGUGGGGUUAGUGUUCAACCCAUACGGCGGGAGAAUGGCGGAGAUUCCGGAAUCUUCGACGCCAUUUCCUCACCGCGCGGGGAAUAAAUUCAAGAUUCAGUAUUCGGUGAAUUGGGACGAGGAAGGGGAGGCGGCGGACAAGGACUACGUGGAGCAGAUAAGGGAGAUGUACGGAUUCAUGGCGCCGUACGUUUCGGAGAAUCCGAGGGAGGCGUAUCUGAACUACAGAGAUUUGGACAUUGGGACGACGGAUAACGGCGAGAACAGUUUCGCUGACGGAAAAGUUUACGGCGUGAAGUAUUUCAAGGGGAAUUUUGAUAGGCUGGUGAAGGUGAAGACGGCGGUGGAUCCGGAUAACUUUUUUAGGAAUGAGCAGAGUAUUCCGGUUUUGCCCUUUCGUGGAGGGAGGAAAGGGGGGAAAUAGAGGGGUAAAUUUGGAUAAGUCGUUAUACAGAUUUUUUGUGCUUGUUUAUAUUUUGUAUUUUUAUUAGUUUAUGAAAUUUUAAUGGAUUCGGAUAUUAUAUAUUGCUAUCCUUUUUGGCUUUCUCGA